UGUUUCACAAGUUAGAAGCAGAAUCCACGCAGUCCAUAGGGACACCACUAGAGAAAGCGCGAAAAAGAGAACAAUCAAAUAAAAAGAUUAAACUAAACCCUUCCAUUUUCUGGGUUUUUUUAGCGCUAGGGUUUUGCAUUCAAUUCGUUCUCGUUCUCUCCUCCAACAAUGGCCGAUACAAGCUCGGUAGACGUGUCUCUGUGGUGGGACUCAUUCACUCUCCUCUUCACGGAGCUUGAAAAUUCCUCCCUCUCCUCGGAUCUCUCACUGAAUUUGGCAAAGAAGUUGAAGGAUAAUCAUGUCUGGUUCUUGAAUGCACUUUCUUCCUUCAAACCGCCGAAUCAGAAGUCCAAGGAAGCUCUGAAUUCAAAGAAGCUGAAAAUUGGAUCUCAGCAGCUUACUAUUCAAUCUCACUUGAAAGAUAAAGCUCUGCAAAUUAGCUCCUGUUUGCUACUAGACGAGGUUCAAUCGUACAUAGUUGUUGAAAGGUUCAUUGAACAUAACGGUGCGGCUGCUGAUUCCACGUUUCCAGAGUUUCUCCACACCAUAUUAAUUCAAUAUUACAAGGAGCGGCAGUGUUUGUUGAAGUGCAUCAGGUGGAUUCUCAUGCGUGCUAUAUACAUUGGUCCUGUGUCUGAAAACAAUUAUGUGAAGGAGGAGGCAAAAGAGCUAUUUCAUGAUGGACUGGAAAGUAAAUUAGUAUCUUUCUUGGAGGGUCUUUUAUCCUGCAGUUACCCUGAGCAAAUGGAUGUUGAUCUGUUUACUCUAUGGGCCGAGGAGACUCUAAUUGAAGACAAUUUGGUUUUAGACAUUCUUUUUCUAGCCUAUUAUGACCCAUUUUGUACGUGUGGUAGUGGGAUAUGGAAGAAGUUUGGUUCUAUUUACAAGGGGAUCUUAGCUGGUGAAUAUAACUUAGGAAAGCUGUCAAUUACUUCUGAAGCACAGCAGUUGUCUUAUUAUGUCAAAGUUCAGCUGCUGCUUAUUUUAAUAGAAACCCUAAACUUGGAGAAUCUUCUUCAAAUGGUUCAUGACGAAACACCUUACAGGAAAGGUGCAUCUACUUUCUCCUUUACUGAUGUGCAAGAGAUGGAUACACUAGUUUCUACUUUCAGUGCUUUUGAAAUGAAUGAAGCUGGUCCUCUAGUUCUAGCAUGGGCAGUGUUUCUUUAUCUACUCUCUACACUCCCGGGAAAAGAUGAGAACAAUGAGCUCAUGGAGAUUGAUCACAUUGGUUAUGUUCGUCAAGCCUUUGAGGCAGGAUCAUUACACUAUUGUCUUGAAAUUCUUCAGUGCGACAUUUUGAAGGAUUAUGAUGGCCCAGUUUCCGGUUACCGCAGUGUUCUGAGGACAUUCAUAUCUGCAUUUAUUGCAUCUUAUGAGAUCAACCUUCAGGUACAGCCUGAGGACGGUAACUCUGCUUUGAUACUGGAUAUUAUCUGCAAGAUUUAUCGUGGAGAGGAAUCUCUGUGUAUUCAGUUUUGGGACAAGGGAAGUUUUAUUGAUGGUCCAAUUCGGUCUCUUCUUUGCAACAUAGAGAGUGAGUUCCCUUUCAGGACAGUAGAACUUGUAAAACUCCUUUCAUCCCUUUGUGAAGGAACUUGGCCUGCAGAAUGUGUGUAUACCUUUCUAGAUAGGUCUGUUGGUAUAUCUUCCUUGUUCGAGAUCAGUAGUGAUUUGCUAGCAGAUGAUGUCUCCCAUAUUCUUGAGGCACAACAGGCAGUGCAGGUUCCUGGAAUUGAAGGCUUGUUUGUUCCAUCUGGAACUCGUGGGCGUGUCUUGAAAGUUGUUGGAGAGAAAACUGCCCUUGUACGAUGGGAGUAUUCCCCAUCUGGAGUAUAUGUGUUACUCUUACACUUGGCCCAAGAUAUGUAUCUGAAUAACAAGGAGGAAGUUUUUUUCACUCUUGACCUGCUCAAUAGAUUGGUGUCCUUUAAUACUGCUGUUUGUUUUGCGAUGAUGGACAUUAGCAACUCCAUGCAAUUUCGUGCUAUUGACCUGACAAAUGAGCAGGUUGAAAAGAAUGUCUGGGUGGUUGAGAUGAUUUGCAAUCUAGUAAAAAACCUGCCUCUGAAUUCCCACGGUGCUGCGCUUAUGUCAAUGGGUGUUAAGAUUUUGGGUGUCAUGUUGAUUUGUUCUCCAUCUAAUGUUACAGCAGUUGCUCUAAAUGCAAAUCUAUUUGAUAUCACUUUGCAGACUGCUGUGUUCAGUGUAAGCAGUAAUGACUUAUCAAGUGGGUCAUGGUUGCUUUCUGGCAGACUGGCUAGAAUGCUUUUAAUUGACUGUGAGCAAAACAGCAAUGACUACCCCUUGACAAUAUCAGUGCUGGACUUCACCAUAGAGCUUGUAGAAACAGGAGUAGAGAAUGAUGUUCUCCUAGCAUUGAUCAUUUUCUCUUUUCAGUAUGUCCUAGUCAAUCAUGAGUAUUGGAAAUACAGGAUAAAACAUAUUAGAUGGAAAAUAACAUUGAAGGUUCUUGAGUUGAUGAAAAAAUGCAUUAUAUUAAUGCCGUAUUGUGGAAAAUUGGGUGAGAUCAUACACAAUGUGUUGUUCUCCGAUGCUUCCAUCCACAACGCGCUUUUCCGUAUUGCUUGCACUACUGCACAUGUUUUGGAGAAAUUGAAUGCAAGCCGCUUCUUUGAUCCAAUGGAAAUUGAAGGGUUGCAGCUUGCUAUAGGUUCUGUUUUAGAUAUUCUUUCAGAGAUGACCACCAAACUUGCCAAGGAUACAUCAUCCAGCAUUCCUGUUUUUCUCCAGGCAGUGUUCUCAUGCACAACCAAACCAGUUCCUGUUGUCACGUCUGCUAUAUCGUUGAUUUCAUACUUCCGAGACCCUGUCAUCCAACUUGGUGCUGUUAGGUUUAUUUCAACAUUAUUUGCCACAACAGAUUGUGUCCAAUCAUUUUCAUGUGAAACCACAUACUUUGCUCCAGAUAAUCAAGAGAUCAUAAACUUGAGGCACUCUAUGAGCUACAUACUACGGGAGAAAUCAGAAUCAAAUGAAGAUCUCUUUGUUGCAACAGUUAACCUGCUUACUUCUGCAGCAAACUACCAGCCUUCUUUUAUUGUUUCCAUCUUGGCGCCGGGGGAGAACAAUGAGGACCACUCAAGUACUGAUGAUGCAAAGCUACAAAGAAAUGGAACUUCUGUGCCUAAAGGUUCAGUUCUGAUAGAUGCACUUAUAAACUACAUUGAGCAGGCAGAUGAUCUGAUCAAAAGUAAGCCUCGCAUACUGCUUUGCGUGCUUAACUUCAUGACUGCCUUAUGGCAAGGGGCUCCCCAGUAUGCAAAUCUCUUGGAGUCUCUAAGAAGCCAUGUAAAUUUCUGGAAGCACUUGGCCAAUGCAAUCACAAAAACUGCUAGCAGUGAAUAUCCCAUAUUUGAGAGUCUGAAAGGAAAAGCUGCACUUAAUCUGGCAUACAGUUUCCGUUGUCAAUCUGCCAUACUGGGAAUCAUGGCAUAUGAAUUAUUCUUGCAGAAAAAGUUGUUGCAUGCAGAGUCACUUGUGAAGAACACAGCAGAAUCUAAGGACAAGGAGCAAAAUGCCACAAAAACUGAAAAAUCUAAAGCCACAGAUUUUCAUGAUCUUAAGGGAGUUUGGUCUUCAUGGUUCAAAGACUCCGUUUUAGAGAAACUAAUAAAAACAUAUACUUCUUGUCGACAUAAUAAUGAUGUAUAUGAUGGUGCAAAGGUUGCCACCAGUUUAUUCUGUGUUCAUGUGAUGUUAAAAUUAGCAGUUAACGACUCCGGAAGUUUAGCCGUGUCCUUGCUUCAAAAGAUUCAUGGAAUUUUUACGAAGCUGACAAUUCAUCCCGCCUUCUCUGAAUUGCUAUCUCAGUAUUCACACCGUGGUUACAGUGAGGGGAAGGAACUAAAGAAGUUGAUUCUUAAUGACCUUUAUUAUCAUUUACAAGGAGAGCUUGAAGGGAGAAAAAUGGGUAUCGGACCCUUCAAAGAAUUAUCUCAGUAUCUUGUUGAAUCAAAUUUUUUGGGAUCCUAUCAACAGCAGUUCCGUGAAGAUUUUUUUGCAAAGAAUAUGUUCUUGUUUGACCUUACACAGUUGCGAUCAGAUCUGAACUUAGGUGCUUGGGAUUGUUCUGAUUGGAGAACAUCUAAGGAAAUUGCAGAAACCAUGCUGCGUUUCCUGCAGGAUGCAAACACGGUUAUGUUGCUUUCAAGUUCAAAGCUUUCUGCAUUAAAAGAAUUGAUAGCUGUGUUGGCUGUCUAUCAUGAUGAUUCAAAAGGGAGGGCCACUACUGGAGAGAAAAUUCAAAAUGAACUCAUAUUCACCUGUGUAGAUAAUAUAUGCCAAUCUUUCCUUGCUACUAUUGAGAUGUUAUCACCAGUUCUGGAUGCUUCUGAGGAUAUGCUCAAUAUUCUUGCUUGUCAAGUAGAAUUACUCCUCCUGUUGACUAGAACUGUUUGCAAAGGCUUAUCCACAGACAUAUCACUACUUGUUAUGAAAUGCGCAAGUUCAGGUCUAAAACUGUUGAGUGAACUCAAGCUGCUACCUUCCAAAGCCAAUUUGAUCAUGAAAUUAUUACUCACAUUGCUGCUUUUGGUGCUUCAGUCCAACUCCCUCAAUUUGAAUUUUGAUGCGGCAGCAGACGAAGGUUCUGGAAAGGAUUUCUCAAAGGUUUCAAAUGCAACCCUUGGCCUACUACCCAUUCUUUGCAACUGCAUCACAACUUCUGAGCAUUGCAUGCUCUCCCUGUCUGUCAUGGACCUGAUAUUGGGAAGCUUCUUGAUGCCGAGAACGUGGUUACCUGUCCUUCAGAAUCACCUUCAAAUGCAGUUUGUUAUGCUAAAACUCCAAGAUAAAAAUUCUUCUACCAUUCCGAUUAUAAUGAAGUUCUUUUUGACCAUUGCCCGGACUAGAGGAGCUGCUGAGAUGCUUUAUUCUUCUGGCUUCUUGUCAUCAUUGAGAGUGCUGUUUUCUCAGUCUGGUGAGGUUUUAUCAAGAAUUGGUAGCCCGAAUAUGAGCACAAGUGAAAAGUUGGAAAUACCUCAAGACAUUUGGGGACUUGGAUUAGCUGUUGUUACUGCUAUGGUUCAAUCGCUGGGCGACAGUUCUUCUGGCACUGCUAUAGUGGAAAGUAUGAUGCCUUACUUUUUUUCAGAGAAAACUCAUCUUAUCUUCAAUUCUCUUGAUGCCCCAGACUUCCCUUCCGAGGAUCAUGACAAGAAAAGACCUCGGGCACAGAGGCCAUGGAUUUCUUUUGCUACUCUUAAAGAAACCGAACAUACUUUGAUGCUCAUGUGUGAGUUAGCAAAACACUGGAAUUCAUGGAUUAAAGCAAUAAAAAACGUGGAUAAGCAGUUAAGAGAAAAGUGCAUUCAUCUUUUAGCCUUCAUUAGCAGGGGAACUCAACGUCUUGGUGAACCUUCGAUUAGGAGCCCCCCUCUUCUGUGUCCACCUACUCUUAAAGAGGAUUUUGAAACUUGCUCAAAACCUUCCUAUAUCAACAGCAGAAGUGGAUGGUUUGCUCUUUCACCACCUGGAUGUAUGCCCAAACCAAAGAUCUCUUCAAUCUCAACUGCAUUAUCUAUCUAUGGUCAAACGGCUGACACUACUGGCCCUGUUCCUAAAACAUGCUUCUCUGACACUGUUGCUGUACAGGUAUAUAGAAUUACAUUUCUUCUUUUGAAAUUUUUGUGUUUGCAAGCUGAGGGUGCUGCUAAAAGGGCUGAGGAGGCUGGCUUUAUUGAUCUUGCACAUUUUCCUGAGCUCCCAAUGCCAGAAAUCCUGCAUGGACUGCAGGAUCAAGCAAUUACCAUUGUUGUGGAGCUCUGUCAAGCCCACAAACCAACGGAAUCCUUGGAAAUAAAGAGUGUCUGCAACUUAUUAUUGCAAGUACUUGAAAUGGCUUUGCAGUUGGAACUUUGUGUUCUGCAAAUUUGUGCCAUAAGACCUGUAUUAGGGCGUGUUGAGGACUUCUCAAAGGAAGCCAAAUCAUUAUUUAGUGCAUUGGAGGGUCAUGAUUUUCUGAAAGCAUCUAGAAAUUCUUUAAAACAGAUGAUAUCAUGUAUCUAUCCUGGGUUGUUGUAAGCAGAGAAUUUAAUGUGUGUGAUUUGCCCUGGACAGAAGACUGUUGAUUGUACAUAAUUUCAUAGUUAGAUAUUCGUCAUGAUGAUAUACAAAUGUAGCUUGGUAGUAAAGGGCUUUCAUGCACACAUGUAGCUUUGGUAGUAAAGGGCUUCCAUGCAAAAUUGUAGUUUACUUGAUUGCAAAUAUGCAGUCUAAUGGUUUAUUUAUAUAUAGAAUAUAAAGUUAUUAAA